GCGCGGGUAGCGGGGAAGGAGCCGGAAGUCCGGCGGGCUCCGGACGGCGAGAUGGACGAGAACGAGUACGAGUCUGUGCUGUGUGUCAAGCCGGAGGUCCACGUCUACCGCAUUCCGCCGCGGGCCACCAACCGUGGCUACAGGGCCGCGGAGUGGCAACUGGACCAGCCGUCCUGGAGCGGCCGGCUGCGGGUCACUGCCAAGGGGCAGGUGGCCUACAUCAAGCUGGAGGACAGGACCUCAGGGGAGCUGUUCGCUCAGGCACCAGUGGAUCAGUUUCCUGGCACAGCCGUGGAGAGCGUGACCGAUUCCAGCAGGUACUUCGUUAUCCGCGUUGAAGACGGAAACGGGCGACGCGCGUUUAUUGGAAUUGGCUUCGGGGACCGAGGCGAUGCCUUUGACUUCAACGUCGCGCUGCAGGACCAUUUCAAGUGGGUGAAGCAGCAGUGGGAAUUCGCGAAGCAAGCCCAGAACCCCGACCAGGGUCCCAAAUUGGACCUGGGCUUCAAGGAGGGUCAGACCAUCAAGCUCAACAUUGCAAACAUGAAGAAGAAGGAAGGAGUGGCUGGGACUCCCCGAGCCCGGCCCGCCAGCACUGGAGGGCUGAGCCUGCUUCCCCCUCCGCCGGGCGGCAAGACCUCCACCCUGACCCCUCCCCCUGGGGAGCAGUUGUCUGGGGGCGGAUCCUUUGUCCAGCCGGCAGCUGCUCCUGGUUCAGGAGGUGCCACUGUGUCCUGGCCACAGCCCAAGCCUGCCACUGCCGCCUCUGCCGACAUCUGGGGAGACUUCACCAAAUCCACAGGGUCAGCUUCCAGCCAGCUUCAGCCGGGGACAGGCUGGGUCCAGUUCUGAACACAGCUCUUUUCCUCCUGUGACUUCCGGGAAGCAGCCACUUCAGCUGGGCACAAGGAAGGAGGAAGAAGCCCUCCCCGCCGGCCUGUGGGGAGCGUAACUCUGCUGCCCUUGUCUGGCUCCCUUAACUGGCCGUGCGUGGUAGGAGUCACGGGCUCCUGUCACUGUUUCCUGGGAUUCAGCACACAUCCAAGACACAAGACGCUCCGGGAUCCCUGUCCCCAUCCGCCCGCUUGCUUGAGAGACUUGAGACUUGGGCGUCUCCCAAGUGACCCCUAUUAAACACAAGCCCGAAGCAGGAGUGGGUUGUGUGUGCCGCGUGGACUCGACCGGCCCUCUUGGGGUGUGCAUCUCUCACCUGCUUGCCGUGGCGGGGGUUUUGAGCACUCCCGUGGGCUGUAGUCAGGGCGCCUUCCGGAGCAAGGAUCCUUGCCUGAUUUCUAGCAGGGUCUUAGGCCGUGGUUGGAAUAAACCAUUGGGGCGAAAUUGGAAGGGUGAAGCAGCUCUGUAAAAUGUGUAAUGAUUUGCUUUCCUGCUGUGCUGAUCUGCACUAACUGCUUGCCUUUGUGGAAGGGACCGCGCCGGCACGUCCUGAGCCGCCAGCAGCUGGUUCCGUGUCUGCCGGGCCAGGCUGGUGCUGCCGGCUCGAGGCUGUGCUGGAAGCCAGGUGGAACAGCGCUGGGGCCGGAAGGGGAAGCUGUGGACGUGGAGUUGGGUCGGCCUUCCUGCCUGCCUGCCGGCCGGCCGCUCUGGACUCACAAGUUCACAGUCUGCUCUGGGCAGACGCGGGUUUCCCUUGGGUGGAUUCUGAGUGCCUUAACCUGCAGGCAGCCUCGUAACUUCCUUUUCUCCUCCAGGGACUGUGACAGACAGGCAGGAGGAGCGUCAUGACCUGCACGUCCAGGGCAGCCUGGGCCCCGGGUUUAGAAGUUGUAGCCGCGUGCACCUCUGAAACGCCUUAAUGCACUUACUUACCUCUCACUUGAAAGGGUGCUUUUGAAGGGUCGAGACCGUGAACUGAAAAACUGCUGGCUUUUCUGUGGGACCAGGUUUUUAAGAUUAAAACAAUAAAUAAUAUUUGUACUUGUCA